CCGAUUUAAAUAACAUCCUUUGUGCAAACCAGUUGGCUUCAGCUUCCGCUUAUGUUUUUGCUUUAUUAAGACAUCCACAGCUGACUACCGGUCUUAUUCUCGAUUGGUUUGACACAAGCUCGAGAAUGGAGACGUGUGUGUGGAGUAUGUGCUGUUGAAUGCGGAGACAGAACAGGCUAUCCGAGGGAAGAGACGGGGUCAGCGGCGGAAAAGGAGGACACCUCCAGUCACAUCGUCGAGUCUCGGCCCCGCCGGUGACAUGUCUCUUGUUGGGGUGGGUCCAACCCGAAAUAUCAGUCAUCCUACAAUGGGCUGCGGGAGAUCGGCUCAACUCGGAGAAUCCUCUCGCAGCUGUUCAGAGAGCCGAAGAUAGGACCGAGACAUCGGACCGAGUCAGUGACGGUGGACUGCCCGCGUUUUGUCGUGCGCUUCUCGGCCCGGUGUCUGGCAGUCUGCCGUGCACAGUGCGCGUAUGCGGUCGGAGUAGAGACAACAGGCCUCCGUAGAAAACACUUUAGAUGUUGAAAUUCAGUCUUUGUCAAUCGAUUUUUCUUCACACCCCUGGCGAACGGAUGGAGUGAAUUGUGCAAAAAAAAAAAAAAAAAAAAAAAAAAAAAAGGAGAGAGAGACAGAUCGCAGUUUGGUUGCGUGUGAUGAUAGGAGACACAAUGACGCUCUUGUCUCUUCUGGGUCGGAUCAUGCGUUAUUUUCUCCUCAGGCCGGAGACGUUGUUCCUGCUGUGCAUAAGUCUGGCGCUGUGGAGUUACUUCUUCCACACGGACGAGGUGAAGACCAUCGUCAAGUCCAGCCGGGACGCCGUGAAGAUGGUGAAGGGGAAAGUGGCGGAGAUGAUGCAGAACGACCGGCUGGGAGGCCUCAGCGUCCUGGACGCGGAGUUCUCCAAGACCUGGGACUUCAAGAACAACAACGUAGCCGUGUACUCCAUACAGGGGAGGCGAGACCACAUGGAGGACCGCUUCGAGGUGCUCACCGACAUCGCCAACAAGAGCCACCCGUCCAUAUUCGGGAUAUUUGACGGCCACGGUGGAGAGGCUGCGGCUGACUACGUGAAGGCCCACCUGCCAGACUCCCUGAAGCAGCAGCUGCAGAACUUUGAGAGAGAGAAGAGAGAGAGCGCUCUCUCUUACGGCAGCAUCCUCGAGCAGCGCAUCCUGACUGUGGAUCGGGAGAUGCUGGACAAGCUCUCUGCCAAUCACGAUGAAGCAGGAACCACAUGUCUGGUAGCCCUGCUUUCAGACAGAGAACUCACAGUGGCAAACGUUGGAGACUCUCGCGGCGUGUUGUGUGACAAAGACGGAAACGCUGUCGCACUGUCACACGACCACAAGCCGUACCAGCUGAAGGAGCGCAAGAGGAUCAAGAGGGCAGGAGGUUUCAUCAGUUUUAAUGGAUCCUGGAGAGUCCAGGGCAUCCUGGCUAUGUCCCGCUCCCUAGGGGACUACCCACUUAAAAACCUCAACGUAGUCAUCCCCGACCCCGAUAUCAUGACCUUUGACAUGGACAAGCUGCAGCCAGAGUUCAUGAUCCUGGCCUCAGACGGCCUGUGGGACGCUUUCAGCAACGAGGAGGCCGUCCGGUUCGUCCGCGAGCGUCUGGACGAGCCUCACUUUGGCGCCAAGAGCAUCGUCCUCCAGUCCUUCUACCGCGGCUGCCCCGACAACAUCACCGUCAUGGUGGUGAAGUUCAAAAGUGGAGCUGGGGGGAGCAGCAAGGCGGGGGAGUAGGUCAGGGUCAAGAUCGGGAGCUCACAUUGUGAUCAAUGUUUUCAACGAUUCUCCGCAUCUUCUGGGUGAAGCAGUGAGCGUGAUAUCACUGGAGGAAGUAUGGACACUGGGAACCAAACAUGUGCACACGCAUACAGACACACAUGCAAAAACGUGUACAACAUAAUGAUGUUUUGUUUUAUUUUGUAGGUUUUUGAUUGAAUUAAGGGCAUUUGAACACAAUACUCAUCUCAUAACCAUCUGUUCACUUAACGAUAAACACUUACUGAGAACAGUGGAGAUGCAUGAACACACACAGACAGACAGACAGCAGACAGACAGACAGCAGACAGGGGAUUUCUCUUAACCAGCACACAUUAGACUGUGAUUGAAUAACUACUGUUUGCUGUACAUGCACAUACAUGGUACAGCUCCACUGGAGGCUUCUUCAAAGAAGGCUUCAACUAGUGCCUACUUAAGAAUUACUGCGCAACCACAGGAAGCUACUGCAAAUGUAUUUGCAAUCACACCACCCUGCUUGCUGCAUUGUGACGAUGCUCUCGAUUAAUGUAUGCGUCUGUCACAGUUUUGACCUGGAAAAUGUUGUCAAAUACAAAAAAAGACUCCAGUGGAUCGAUACCUUUAUACUUGAAGUGAUGCUACACCUAAGAUCUAACUCUUGAGUAUCAAACACUCACCGCCUGCAGACUUGAGAGGUAUAGCUCUUAACCAUGGUUUCACCCUCUGGCUGCAGACGGCUUGAAACGGUGUCACAUGUGGAAAAGAAGUUGCAUAAAUAUGAAUUUAAUAAGCAACAGAUCUGAUUGGCCAGCUGCUCUUUUGGCAGGACUUUGGCCAAUCACAGCUCCCACUGCUGCUCUGUGGGUUGGAUUUUGUUCAACCUUUAGGUGCUUGCACAUCUUUAAAUUACCAAGAACUGUCUUUAAGUUCAAACAGACAUGGAAAUUGUAAAUGUUUAAGCAGGAAACUUGAGCAAUUGGAAUAAUAAAUAACAUUUAAAAGCCUUUUUUUUUUUUUUUUUUUUAAGUAAUGUGAUUCCAUUUAGUAAUAACUAAUUCAUCAUUUAAAGAUGAAAGUAAACUGAAUUAGUAAUACAAAUUUUUACUUUUGAGUUUUUAUGGGAUUUUAAUGUAAAUUUGAUUAAACAAUUUAUACUGGUAAUCAUUUUUUUAAAGGCUGAUCAAUUUAUUAAUUGUUUGUAAUUAACAAAGACAAAAUCCAUCCACGUAUGUAAGUAUGGAUGUAACUGUUUAAUGUUAAGGUUGAACCAAUGAAUGAGCUGAGGGUUGGUCAUGCCACUUUUCUCAUUGAAGGCAGAAACUACAAAAUUGUACUUCCACUUUUCAAGUGCAGACGGUUAGUGAUACUCAGAAGAGAGAUUCUGGGUGGAGUAUUACUUCAACAUACAACACAUGCACACAGACACACAAACGUUUUUUUUUUUGUUUUUUUUUGAAGGUUGAAUUCUUACAUAUCAGCCAAUGUAAACGCUGUAUAUCCUCAGUAAUACAAGAGGGUUUUAAUGUACGUAGAACCUGAUUUAGUUGCUGACCUCUUGGUAACUGCAGUUUCAUGGAGUAAACUGUUCCAUCAAAGUUGUUUUACACCAUCUGUAUAUCAGGGCAUGUGCUUCCGCUUAUCCAUGUCAUGAACAACGUACAUACAAUGUUACCGUGGACACUGGUGCCUGCCUUUGACCCCCAGCCCCCUCCUCCAGAAAAGGACUAAAAGGUGACGCAUCGUGAACUGUACAACCCGGAAUGCAGUAGCUAGUAAUAUGAUAUGCUCCACCUGUCAAGAAAGGUGACAGUAAAACUUAAUUUGCUGCUGUUUCAUGUUCAACUCCCUAUUACCACUGUGUUUAAAGACAUUUGCAUCAAUUGAGAGACGCCUUUUUUAUUUAACAGUUUACCGAAUGCCUUAUUUAUUGUUGUUUGGGUGUGUCUGUCAGAUUGCCAAAUCAGCAUACUGUAUAAUAUGUUUUGUCCUCUAAAUUACCCAUCACUUUUUUUUUUUUUUAGAGGCAGUUCACACAUGUUGAGCUGAUGCUCAAUGCAAAAAGAAAAGGCAGUGUAAAAAACCAAAUCUGUAUGCAAACUAUCAGUAUUAAACUAAGUCUUUCAUCUUGAA